AUGGCGGCGGCGGCGGCGGCGCUCAGCGAGGAGGCGUUGCUGAAUUGGCAGCAGCAGGUGGACGAGGUGCAGGCGCUGGAGGCCAUCUAUGGGGACAGCUUCCAGGUGCUGGAGGUCCGCGGGGUGCUGGAAAGCGGCAGCAGCAGCAGCAACGGCCACUGCGGCCAUGGCACAGGAGGCGGCGGAGAGGAAGAAGAAGAGGGCGCGGGCACGAGCGGCCGUGGCAGCCGCACCAGCGGCGGCGGCGAGGGGCCGCCCCUGGAUGCUGCCAGCCUGGCGGAGCUGGAUGGGCCCUGCAGCCCCGCCUGGGCGCUGCACUGCAGCCUGAUGGUUGGGGUGGAACCGCACGCGGGCCGCCUGCGCCUGCUGCUGCCUGACCAGCUGCCGCAGCAGCAGGACGUGCAGCAAGGCCCCUCUUCCGGCAGCGACGGCGGCAACGGCAGCCCCGGCGCGGGCCCCGACGCCGCGGCAGCAGAGGUACCGGCCAGCGGUACCGGCAAAACGACGGCCGGUGCAGGCUGUACCGUGCAGUACCUGCCGCCCAUCUGCAUGCAGCUUCGGCUGGGUGGAGGCUACCCUGGGCAGGAGCCGCCCGGCGUCAGCUUGUCGGCGCUGUGGCUGGGCGCGGCGCAGGUGGCCCGCCUGCAGCGCCAGCUGCUGCGGCUGUGGCACGAGCAAGGCCCCGGCGGGCCUGUGUGCUACACAUGGGCCGACUGGCUGCAGAGCAGCGCGCUGCAGCACCUGGGGGGGGAGCAGGCGCUGCUGCUGGCGGAUGACGCACCCAGCAGCGACGGCAGUACCAACGGCGGCGGGGUGGCGGCGGGGGAGCCUCGGGCCGGCAGCAGCGGCAGGCCCGACUCCCCUGGGGCAGAGGGCGGCGACGAGGUGGAGCAGGAGGUGGCGGAGGAGAGGCUGGUCAAGCUGCUGAGGUACGAUGCGGUCCAGGAGCACGCCGCUUUCCAGCGCGCCCGCCACACCUGCGGCGUGUGCCUGGAGGAGGCACCCGGCACCGCCUUUGUGCGCCUGGAGGGCUGCCGCCACGCGUGGUGCGCGUUGUGCCUGGCGGAGCAGGCCCGCAUUCACGUGGCGGAGGGCGGGCUGGAGAAGCUGAGGUGCCCCGACCCUGGGUGCGGCGCGGCGCUGGCGCCCGGCGUGCUGCGCCGGGUGCUGAGCCCCGACGACUUUGGGCGCUGGGAGCAGCUGACGCUGCAGCGCACGCUGGACACGAUGCCGGACGCGGCCUACUGCCCCCGCUGCAGCAGCCUGGCUCUGGAGGAUGCUGACUCAUGUGCCCAGUGCCCCACGUGCCUCUUCGUCUUCUGCUCGCUCUGCAACGAGGGCUGGCACCCGGGCACCACCUGCGUCAGCGCGGAGACCAAGCUGGCAAUGGUGCGGCGCAAGCUGGCGGGGGGCGGCCGCGCCGCCGUGGACGACCUGCGCCGCCAGGAGCAGGAGCUGCUGUCGCUGGCGCAGAUAGAGGCGGGUUGGGCGGCGCUGUGUAAGAUGUCCAAGCGGUGCCCUCAGUGCGGCAUGGCCACACAGAAAGCAGAGGGGUGCAACAAGAUGGCCUGCGGCGGCUGCGGGGCCUACUGGUGCUGGCGGUGCGGCAAGGAGAUCGACGGCUACCGCCACUUCCGCUCGGGCCAGUGCAUCCUGUUUGACGAGGCGGAGAUACUGAGGUGGGAGGCGCAGUGGGAGGAGAUGCAGGCGGCGGCGAGGGUCAUGGCGGCAGGGCUGCGCAACGAGAUGUGCGGCCAGGUCAACCACAAGAUAGGCAACAACAACCACCUCGCCUGCUGGUCCUGCACCUCCCACUUCUGCUACUGCUGCCGCGCGGUGCUGCGCGGGCGCGGCGCGGGCGGCUCCCACUUUGGGCCACGUGGCUGCAAGCAGCACUCUUCCGAAUGA